CCCUUCCGAUCAAAUCGUCGUUUCGCCGUCGGCUUCACCAUGUUCAAAGGGAAACUCGCUUAUCGCUCUUGGUCUGAACUCCCCGCUGAAGUCCUAAAGCUUGUGGCCACCGAGAUCAUCAACGAUUUCUUUUUAGUCAAUCCAUAUGUCCCGCGCACUUGGGAUCAGCCACACAAGUAUCAUGCGCGCACCCUCUGGCUAAUGCUAUCCGCCGCGGAGGAGUUGCAAGCACUGCAAUCGGUAUGCAGACGGUGGGAAUCUGCGCUUUUUAGCCAUAGGUUCUGGACACAGAUUGUAGAAAUGCUGGACCGAACACGUCAACAUACUGUCUUUUCUGACUUGGAGCGCCCAUCGCCAUUUUCUAUAUACCAGGCCAUCAUCAAUACCUGUUGCAUUCCAUGUUUCUUCAACCUUUCAUCAUUAAAUCCCACUCCUGCCAAGCACCAGGUGCAAACUGCCCAUCUGGGUUGGGUUUCUGCAUGCGCUCUGCAUCACAAGGAGCGUUUUUGCUCUGUAUGUCUUCAAGAUGAAUAUGUGCCGCAAACAUUGCGACCGUGGCACGACGUCGAUCACCAAGGACGUUGGAAACCUCCUGGUCUCUGCCUUAAUGAUGACGUGCAGACAUGGGCCCAGUGUUUGAUGACAUGCUUGACUUGCCGCAGAGAAGAACUCGAUAAGAAGCUUACUCGGACGUUCGGCCCAAACAUCGGUCAACUUGCAACUGACUCCAUUAUUCCCGUCAUUUAUUCUGAUUUUGUUCGUUCUGGUCGGGGCGACAUCAAAAGAGUAACUGCUGAUAUCGAUGAUCGGCUAUGGCUUCAGGAGAACACUCGGUAUGACGAGCACAUGGAACAGUACCGAUCGAGCGUACUGUUGAAUAGAAUUGGUGCGGAGGAAUUUGAGCUUCUUCAGCGUAUGCGUGCAGAACAACAUGAACGCAUGGCCCAAGGCUAUCAUGUAGAGCCUCUUCCCGACAAUCUCAGUAUUCACGAGGUUUACACUUACAAAGCACGAGAAAGUUUGCGGAAUAUGGCGCUCCAUGAGUGGGCGAAGUGCCGAGUAAUGGAAGGUUAUUGGUUUGCUCCUGCCGACUUCUGGCAAGACGGAUACUCAGCGGCCGUCGAGAACUUGGAGUCUGCAGCACACAGAGGGGUUGCUGUGGUCCAUCCACACGAAGGCUUCCAAAUUAAUCCGGAGGGCUUGCGGUAUCCUAGCAACGUGCACUUCGGCUCUACUCCACCUCGUGGUAGCUUGCUCAGUGAUUGCCAAUUUGCUUUCUUGCGCAUCUUUAGGCUCAUUCUCCGACCAGCUUUGGAGAAUUGCCUCAGAAGGCUUAUUGCGAUGUCCAAAGCCUCCGGUGUCGAUCCUUGUACAGUUGCCCAGAAAAUCAAAACCGAGCAGCUUCUGUCAUGUGAAUACUUACGCGCGCCUGAAAACUGGUUGGCAGGGUACGAUUGGCAAGCCCAAUAUACCAGUACCUCGCCUACGGAGGAAGCUUCCCCUAGUCUUACAGCGUCUACCACGACAGCAUCCGAAGGCAGUGGCAGUGGUCGGGGCGGGAGUGACGGAACUGAUGGUCGUUCUAGUCCUGCGACCACCUUUAGAACAACUCCUUCACCUUCUCCCGAAGUUAAACCACAAUCACUUGAGUCUAAUCCUCUCCCUGCAGAAUCAAUGUCACCAUCUCUUCCCACAUGCCAAACUGUCGUACCCUCCCAAACGUCAUCAUCGACACCUGGAGAGUGGUCAUCGUCAUCCCCGACACGCCUGCUUGUUGCUGAGCCUCGCCCCUUUGAACAUGUGCCUCGGAUACCGGUAUAUUGGACGUAUCUCGGCCCUUCAAUACCGCAGUUAUUAGAGUCUUUGUGGCAAGAGGUCUAUACGCCGUUGUUCACUUGCUCUUGUUCGAUAUGCAAACGUGGUGUCACCAGUGUUGAUACAGAGGAUGAAUACACCCGAGAUGAGCCCUUACUCCAGCAGCUCAUGGAGUCUGGUGGCGACAUCACCCAGCAGUUCCUGCGGCAGUACAAGACGCACGAAAUUGACGAUGAAGAGCUCUAUGAUUACGACGAUGAGGAAGAAGAAUUCGAGGAAGAAGCUGAGAAUUGGGCGGAUUACGUUGUUCAUGCACAAGGAUGGACAGAGGUGUCCUCACGUCCAUCCCCCGAGGCGGAGAACAUUUCCCCUCCAAGUUUGGACCCAGACAAUGCCGAAGAUGGACAAUCGGAAUCUGCCCUCGAGUUUGAAGAUACUUCUGGCUCAGCCAGCCCCGGAAAAGACCCACUUGGGUCGAAGGCUGGCUCGACCGUCGGAAGCCGUCGGAGUCGUGACCUCGAUGAUGUUGAUGGGCCUGCGGCGGGGGUCGUGGCAUCGGAGGGUGGCAUUGGGCAUGGCCGUAAGCGUUUGAAGUCCUAGCGAUUGUCAAAUCGAUGCUGAAGCCUGAAGAUCUCGACUCCGACAUCAUGACACUACCGCUCUCACGAUAUCGGACUGCUCUGACUGAUUGUAUCACCAUCUAAUGUCUCAUUAGCCGGCAGACAGCAGGAGGAUUCCGCCGCCCACUGUUUUCAUACACCGUGUACGUGUAUGCCUCGCCAGGGCCCUUAAAAAUUGGAUGAACUUUAAGCUGCUAUAAUCAUGAUCCAGCCAUUACGUUGACUCAACCCUUAUUGCACUUUCAUCCCAAACCCCUAGUCAUACAGUCGACGCAACUCACAUCAGCCUGUUUCCUGUUCUUUCCUUUAUUGCUGUAAGAGAUUGGGUCUGUAUUGUUUUGCCUCACUACACUUUCCUCUGCGAC